UAAUAUUUUUUAAUCUAUCAUAAUUUUAAAUUACUUCAUAAAUUAUUGUAAAAUCACUUUUAUUAUAAUUUUUCGUCUGGUCCUAGUCUUUAUAUAUAAAAGUGAAUUAAUUAUUAUAAAUUGGUUAUAGAAGACAAAUAUGUAUGUCAGACACCGCUAACAAAAUUGUCAAACUAUCUCAAUCAGUUCCUUCUCAUAUGGGCCUAACCGCCUAAAUAAAUCCGCACAACAAAUAUUUCAGUCAUGAUUAUAAUAUCAAAAGUACUUGUCUACAUCAUCUUGAUAUUUAAUAAGUCCGAACACAAUAAGAUUAAUGAAAAAGUUGCUAACUUUUUUUCUUUUACAAUUUUUUUGGGUUCGUUUAUAAUGUUGUUUGUAAAGCAAAAGUUUUAAAUCAAACAUAUACUAAAAGCAGAAUACUAGCAAUGGAGAUGAUGUCCACGUCGACAAUAAUAAUCAGCCAAUGGGGGUGCUUCUUUACUCCACGUCGAUUGAAUGUGGGCUUGGCUUGGGUUUUAAUUUUUUUUUUGUGAUCCGUAGAAUAUGGGAGAAGCCCAGUUAUCAAAUACACACAUAACCCUAGCUCUUCGUCGUAUCCUCUCAUCUCAUCGUCGUAUCACGAUUCUUAGCCCUUUCAUCUUCUUCAACGGAUCGAUCGAUUAAUCAACACCGUCUUCAUGAGUCUGCAAUGAAUUCUCUGGAGAUAUCAUUAAUGGGGUCCCUUCGUCUUUCUCCCUCUGAGUUUCUUUAUAAGAUUUGCUUUUUCCUUAGAUUUCUUACACACAAAACUCUAUUAAGCCAUGAAUUCCAACAGCAAAUCUCCUGUUUCCGGCGAUUUUACCGCUAAGAAAGCAAACGGAAAAGAUGUUGUCUCCUCCGGCGAGCCUGUCGAACAAGCCGUCCAAACCAGUGUCUCUCUCUCAUCCGCCCUCUCCGGUGAUCUCAAAACGAAGAAACCAAACGGCAAGGCCGUCGUCUCUUCCGCCGCGCCGAUCAGACGUACCGACCAUUCCGGUUUCUUUUGCGUCAACGCUGACUCCGGCGAUCUUAUGCUGAAGAAAGCAAACGGCAAGGCCGUUGACUCCUCCUCUGAGACGACCAAACAUCACGGCGGAUCUGGUGUCUCCUCCGCCAAAGUUGAUGACGUGCUGUUUUUCAAAGAUGUCAAGCUCGGACCACAGGAAGGCGAGCUAAGGUUUCGUCUGAUCCAUUACUGGGAGGCUCGGAACGCAUUCUCGAAGACACUUAUUGGUCUGGAGAUGCUUCUAAUUGACGAACAGGGUACUGUGAUCCAAGGAUUCAUCCCACCGAGAAGGAUUGACACCUAUUUGCCACAUAUGAUUGUUGGUUCCAUCUACAGGCUUAAUAGAUUUUAUGGAUCUAAAAGCAAGAAUGUGUUCCGUGUUGCUGAUCCAGACGUGACCAUAUCUUUCACAUGGAAUUCUGUUCUUUCUCCUCUAGAGAACAGUCCGGUUCAGUUUCCUGAAGAUCGGUUCCGCUUCUAUGGGCAUGAAGAGUUUGAAGCGGCAUGUGACCUCAAGGGGGCUGUUUAUGAUUUUGUUGGUCACAUUAAACUGGUGAAUGAGCAAGUUUUGAAUGACGGUAUUGUGCUUGAUGAAGGUGAUAAAGCUUCUACUCAGCGUGUUUUGGUUCAUGUCCAAACACAUGAUGGUCCUGUGAUGAAGCUUAAUCUAUGGGACAAGGCUGCCACUGAUUUCUAUGAGAAGUUCAAGGCGCAUGGAAACACUCCGAGUGUAAUUCUGGUGACCACUGUCAACCCGAAACGAUUUGGAGGCGCUCUAAACCUAUCAUCUAUGUCAUCUUCCCGUGUGUUUUUUGACAUGGAUGUUCAGCCAACCAGAGAUUAUCUGACUUGGUUAAACUCGAACACGGAAGUUGCUAACAGGGUUAAUCCUGAGAUUGUCACCAAAGCUGAGACAGCUACUAUAGGAGACAUCUUCUCCUACAUGAAGCAAGAAGGAGCAAAGGUACAGCCACUCAACAUUUCACAUAUUCAUUGCUUUAGCCUUAGGUAUGUAAUUUUACAAUUACAAAUGCGCAGGUUGCUUGGUUUGAAUGCACUGCCACCAUUGAUGAUGUCGUCCAUGGUUCAGCAUGGUAUUAUAUCUCUUGCGGUGGGUGCAAAACUAAAGCCACCAAAGGGCAUACCACUCUUAUGUGUAAGAAAUGUGGGAAAGCCGAAGUUACCGGUGUUGCAGAGUAAGAGUUUUAUUUUGUUAUACUCACACAUUCAGCAUCAGUUAGUAAUGUGCUUUCCUCACAGGUACCUCACGAAGCUCUCUGUUUAUGACAAUAAUGACCAAGCACGUUUUGUGCUUCUCGGUGAUGCUGGGCGUGAGUUAACUGGCAAGACAGCCGCUGAGUUGGUUGCAAACUACUUUGAGGCCAAUGUGGACGUAGAUGAGGAUCAUGUAAUCCCAGUGCCCCAAGAUCUGAUUGGUACGAUUGGUCAAACGCACAAGUUCGUUAUCAAGGUUUCAAAGCACAAUUUGGAAGGCAAGACACAAGCUUUGACUGUCACAAAAGUACUCACUCCUGAUGCUUCAGUACUUGAAGACAAUGUAGAAGAAAACGUGGAUGAUGAACCUGCCGAUGAGAGGAAGGAAGUUGCAGAUGAGUCAGUGAAAAGGAGUUCUGAUGGGGUUGAGUCUGGUGAGGUUAAGCGUGCCAAAUGUGGCUGAUAUGUUGUUAUAAGUGUUUGGGUCUGGUUUACUUAAAAACUAUGUUUUGUUUCAUUUCAUUUUCAGACUUUGUUUUUGCAAUUUCAGUUUUUGAACUAUCUAUCUUUUUAUCUAUGUUAUUUGGCUCUUAAAAAUUUCUGUUAGUUAUUUGGAGUGAUGAUGAAGUUUGGCUAUUUGAGUGAGAUCCCGUAGUUAGUUAGUUAGUGUUGUCUUUUUUUUUUUUUUUGAUCAGAUCAGUUAGUGUUGUAUGAGUUAGUUUCUAAUGAUUCUUUGCUUAUGCUACAUAUUGGAUAUUGUAUAUGUUGUAGAACCAAUUAAGUUGAUAUUGAUAAUAUUGCCAUAAUAUUUGUAUUUCAAUUGUGUCUUUAUUAUUUUAUUUACAUUUGGCAAUGUAUAAUAUUUACAGUUUCAGCAUCUAUUAUUUUCUUACUCACUCUUGAUACCUAGCUUUAUUUACAUUUCUAAACAACUAUAUCAUUGUAUUUCUUUUUAAUUAUGUAUUUUUAGAAUAAAAAAAAAAACUGAACCAAACCCAAAAUAUGAAACAAAUAUUUAUAUACCUACAAACAUUAAUUUUUUUUUGGAACUUAACAAAUGUUAAAUAUAUUUAAUUCAUAAAUAGCCAUAUGUUAAAACUACUGUUCUGUAACUUAAUUACCCAAAUACUUUAAUCAUAUUUUUUAAAAUUAUCCGAGAAUUUUAAAAUUAUCUAAAAUUGAACCGAAUCAAAUUGUCAACCGAUCUUUAUAAAUGACCAAAUAUAAUCAAAAUAUUAUUUACUAAUCGAAUUAUCCGAGUACCUAUUAAAACUUUGAAAUAGUAAUUAAUUUAAAUACAAAAUUUGAGACAAAAGAUUAUUUUUAACAAUUGCAUAAUUUAUAAAUAUAAACCGCGCAUCGCGCGGUUCAAAAAUCUAGUAAUAAUAAUAAUAAUUUAUUGUAAAUGCUUAGUAGUCGGAUUAAAUAUAAAUGCAUUUGGCGCAGAGUAUUUCUAUAAAAUGUGAGUAAAGAAGAGUUUGCUGAUGCUCUCACGUGUGACCCAAUCUGAUCGCAUGUUUUAGAUUUGGUAGUUGUAUGGUGUUCUGACACAUUACUGGGCCCGGCUUCGACACCACUAGGCAAAGACAAUGAUUUCCUUAAAGUGUCUAUGUUCGAGACUUCAGUUGUGUUUCUUCCCUACACGUGUCCAUUUUCUCCCAUUAGAAAACCGCCGGAUUCACAAGUGUAAACACGUUACAUGUUUAAUAGCCUUGAGUUUUUGUCAAAACUUCCAAACAAUAGUAGUAACUUGUUACGUCAGCUAUAUUUUUGUAAUCAUUUUCAGUUUUAUUUUUCAAAAAAAAUAUAAUAGCAAUCCUUUAUAUCAUAUAAAGGAAAAUACUUUUAAAACUUACCUUAAAAGUUUAUUGACAAGGAAUAUGACGUGGUGACGUGGCUUCAGGAGAAGCUUUUAUUUAGUAAAAUGCUUAGGUGUCACCAGGGGCGAAGCUAGUGCCAAGACUACGGUGGCACGUGCACCCUUAAUUUUACAAAUAUUAAACCUUUUGUAGCUAAAAGUGCAAAGAAAUGAGCUAGAUGAGAUGGUUUGGUAGAGGUGUGCACCUCUCUGUUUUCUCAAGUUCGAUUCCCCCUAGUCCAUUAUUUAAUUUUGCACCCACAAGAAUAUUUUUCUGGCUUCGCCCCUGGAUGUCACGCAUAAAACGUUUCUCACUAAAACUGUGAAUUUAAUGCGUUCAUACUAACAUUCUUUUAAAAAAACUUCGUACCAUCUACACUUUUCUCGACGAACACUUUUACGUGAUAAACCUUCAACUUCAAGUUUGAUUAGUUGAUUUAUCAAUCCUCUCAAUAUAAUCAUAGCAUCAAUAAAGCUUCUUUAUUCCUCUAUAUGUUUCUGUUAAAAACGGUAACCCAUUUGAUCUAUCGCCAUUAAGUCGACAGAUCUGUAGAGACGACAAAACGAUGAAACUUUAGUAUGAUGCCAAAUAUUAAUGAAAUAACCAUUUUCUCCAUACAUGCCUUCAUGCAUUUAGCAGAGCAUUCACAUUUUUGAGAGCCGCCUCUCAUUGCUGAAAGAGGACAUUGAAAAUCUAUUUCUAGAUAAAUGUGUCGUACUCGAUUUUGUUACUGAUCGAUGAGGUGAUAUCUGUUUCGAGGAGAAUUAAUCACUGUAAAUCGUCUCGGUUUAGUGUAUUAGUUUUCAUAAGCAAGCAAUAUAAGCAUGCUAGUGUCACCACCUUUGCCGCCAUGAGAACUCUUCAUUAGACGACCUUGAAGAUGAGAUGAAACUUUCAGGAACGAACCACCAGCAAGUCUCACGUGCUGAUCAUAUCUGGAACAAUUUUUACAAUUUAGAAGAUCGAAUAACCUUUAUUUUUUUAUUAUGUAACUAUGUUUUCUGAAUUUAAAGGAGCUAUCCUUUUUAUAUUUCACACAGUUAUUGUUUUGCUUAUAAUAUGUUAUUGAUUCAUUUUUUUUUUGAUUUUAUUUGUUAAACCCCUUAAUCCAUAACUGUUACAACGUGAUAGGCGAAAUAUAAAAAAAAAUAUUUUCCAAAACUUCUUCUCAAAUGCAAACACCAUAUAUAAAAUUUAAUAUUAGUGCACUCAUUAUAUCUUUUGUUCUAUCUAACUAUCGCUUAAAAUAUAUUUUAUGUUAUACAUAAUCAUAAUAUAUAAUUUCAACAUUAAUAUAGACAUCUUAUCCCGCGCAAAACGCGGGUUACUAUCUAGUUGUUAGUAUGAUAUAAGCCGGUCUUGUAAGGUAAGAGACAAAAUAGCUGUGAGGUAUUACCACAAAAUAACUGACGGGCUUUUCCAGAUUUCUUGGCAAGGAACUGUGGAGCUUUUGCUCGAUCGCGUUAGGUCUUUGAGGUCUUUGAGUAAAUGAUUGUCAACCGUAUUCUUCGUCAACUGCUCAGAUGGAGAUAUGUGUUCUUGUAGCUUCCUACAGUCGAAGCUUGUUCUUGAAUGAUGGAUGCUCGUGCUUCGUGAUCGGAACUUGUCUUGGAACCUUUCUCUCAUCCGAAUAAAUCAGUCCUUCAAUGUUUUCUUUCUCAAUCAGGCUUUUGGUACCGUUCUGCUUUGCAUCUUUAAUGAUCAUACCUUUGAUUCAAAAUCUCUUAGAGAUCUUUUCUCUUUCUCGUGUUAUGUUAAAUUGUAUGAUCGCUGUUAGUUUCAUCCUUGCCUCUGGAGCAAUUGUUUUUCUCACUGGCUCAUGACUCCGGAAAGGUGUUGUACUUUUACCGGUCUUGUGUAGUUCUUGGUUAAAUUAAUUAUAUUUUAUCAGAGGGCAAAAAAGAAAGUUUUGUUAGACUUGCUCUUAGAUUAAAAAAAUUAUCAUUAAUUUUAAAGACAUUUUUAGUUCAUUGCUAUUUUCACUUUUAUAAUAGCAUUUAGAUGUGAAAUUGUUCAAACUCAAUUUUUUUAUAAUAGAUAUUUUAAUUUUUUCCUCUAUUUAUAAGGAAAAAUAAGAUUUUUCUACUUUUUAUUCUAUAUUUAAAUAUCACUAUUUUAAAAGAAUAUAUCCCAACAUAUUAUAUCUCUAUUAUAAAGAUUUUUUUUUAUUUUAAAGGUGAAACAAAAUGCAUUAGAGAUGGCAAAACAAAAUCCAUUGUCUUCUUUGUAGUUUAAUAUCCACGUCGUAUGUUGUGUAAUGCCAGUUUCCUUAUCCCUUUAUAUUAUAUUUGGCUCCUUUCGUUUAUUAUAAUUGAUUCAAAUGCUAAGUUGUAGUAUUAAAAUCACUACGCCUGUAUCCACGCAAUAAGUUGUGAGUCUAUUUUGCCUAUUCGUCUUAUUUUAUUAAUAAAAAGAACAAGUCAUUAAGGUGAUAUGCGUCAAAUCACGUCUUUUAUAUAACCCGCCCCCAUCUUGCUCCUAUCACAAAGUAAUAUUAACCGAACAGCGAGCGGCAAAGUUGCUUGCUAUGCAGCAACAGCGAGCGACAAAGCUCCUCUGCUCUGCUGCAUAUUUUUCGCUUAGUUUUUUUUUUUUAAUUUCGUUUUUGAUCUGAAACUUUUAUCGUUGUUGUGGAGAAAAUGGUGGAUCCGCAUCCCGUGGGUUUCAGAUUCCGUCCGACCGACGAGGAGAUCUUCAACCCUUACCUCAAGUCGAAGAAUAUGGAUGGUAACACUAGUCAUGUAGAUGAAGUCAUUAGCACAGUCGACAUCUAUAGCUUCGAUCCCUUGGAGUUAGCUUGUAAGUUUUACCGACUACUUCACACUGUUGUAUCGAAACACCGCUAGUUUCUGAUAAUAUUAAUGCCUUUUAAACAUCGGGCUUUUUUUAAUGUUAAUUUGUUGUUAUUUCUCAGCCCAGUCGACUUCGACAAGGAAGGAGACGGACAAUGUUUUGUAUUUCUUCUGUCCGAAGGAUAACAGAUAUAACAGAGGAGAGAGACAGAGCAGGAAAACCAAGUCUGGUUCUUGGAAGAAAACCGGAGUUACAACGAACAUCAUGCGAAAGAGAGGAGAUUGCGAGAAGAUUGGUGAGAAAAGGGUCUUUGUGUUUCAGUACAGUAAGAUUCUUGGUGGAUCGAAACCUAAGUCCGAUUGGGUUAUGCAUGAAUAUGUCGCUACGUUCGUGUUUCCUGCUCAGGUAACAUUUGGUUGCUUGUAGUCGUAAAUGCAUAUUCUCUGUUGAUUGGCCCAUUUUUGGGCUGCGUUUGUGAUUGAAUUGAUUAAUUUUCUGUUUCUUUCUUUUUGGGUCAUACUAUUUGAUUUGGUACAGACCCCGAUGGUGACAUAUGCACUAUGUAAAGUAAUGUUUAAGGGUGACGCCAGUGAUUUACCUUCUUCUUCUGCUGCUGCUCCUGCUGGUGGUGGCGGCAGCGGUGGCAGCGGCGGUGGUGGUUGUAAGGGUGGUGGUGGCAGUGGCGGUGGCGGUGGUGGUUGUGAUGGUAGCAGUGGCAGUGGCGGUGGUGGUUGUGAUGUUCGUGGCGGCGAUGGCGAUGGUGGUGGUGACCGUGGCGGUGGUGGUUGUGAUGGUGGUGGCGGCAGUGGCGGUGGUUGUGAUGGUGGUGGCGAUGGCGAUGGCGAUGGUGGUUAUGAUGGUGGUGGCGGAGGUGGCGAUGGUGGUUGUGAUGGUGGUGGCGGCAGUGGCGGUGGCGAUGGUGGUUAUGAUGGUGGUGGCGGCGGUGGCGAUGGUGGUUGUGAUGGUGGUGGCGGCAGUGGCGUUGGUGGUGGUGAAGUUGAACAUACUCACUCGCUCAUCACUCCUACGAACAACCGUGGUGGAGGGAUGAGUGCAGAGGCAGAGACAGAGGUAGGUCAAAGAAAAUUCAAAAUAUAUCAUAGUCAUAUAGGAUCUGACCAACGACCUCGUUCGUGUUCUUCCCUUUCUUUCAGAGAUCUUCGUCUGAAUUACACAACCUGCGUCAGUUUAGUGGCUUUCUUCAUUUGGAGGAAGAGACUCAGAUGGAGGAUGCCAUUCGCAGGGCUAUCAACAACCUUUCACCUCAUGAUUUAAACUGUUUGCUCAAUAAUGAUUAUGAUGAUGAGGAACAGGGGAACACUCAAGAGGUGAGCUUUUAUUAUUUCUCUUUCUUUGAUAGUUACAAUUCAUAAUACUUAUCGUGUUAGCACUCACAGCAUGUUUGCCUUCUUUGAUAUUAUUCAAAGUGAGCAAUGCUCCGGGAACCAAUAUUGAUACAUCCGAGAAGAAGAAGCUGAACCCCUUAUGAUGAUGCACAAGGAAGUAAGUAAGACCGGAGUCAAAGGAGCUGGUUUUAUUCACAGGUUGAUACAAAGAUUCGUCAAGAAAAUCAAGCUAUGUUCUUCAAUCUCAAGAACUUACCAGUAAAAAUGAGAUCGAUUAAGAGUACCUUUUACAAUUUCCAACUUCCAAGUAUGAGUUGUGUCUAUCUUGUUUUGUAACUUUUUUAUAUUGUAUGCAUGCAUGUCCUACUAUAUCUAAAAAAGGUGAAUUUGUGAUCAGAAGGUGGCAAUAGAAGACAAACUUGUGUUAUUUCAAUUGAUACAACUCUAAUCAAAGACGUACCAAUCAACCUCCACUCAUCUGUGGCCCUAACUAAUCUCCACACAUACACAAAAAAAAAACUGCCUGUCAACCUUGCUAAAAAUAAAUCAUUUAACAAAAAAUAACAAGUCUUUUUUAAAAAUGGAAAUUCAAAAAGCCAAGUUCAAGUAUUGAGAGAGAUUGUGAGCUCAAAACUUAUGAAGGCAUGAAACGUUCACAAUCUUUUUUUUUUUGAAGUAUAUUGAAAAAGAGCUAGAAAAAUAUAUUUCUAAAUUUGUUCAAACAAGAAUUUGCAUCAAGCAGCCAUUUUCUUGAAGCAGUUGAAACUUGAAACUGGUUGAGCCUUUGUCUAAAAGGAAGAGUCGUGUUAGUUCUGAUGAUUCCACGUGGCCCAAUUAAAUGGCAUAUUUAGAUUCGGUCGUUGUUAGCAUUCUAAACAUUCCUGGCCCACUGACUUCACUGUUCCGUACAUAUUUUAUAGGAAGAUGGCAAAGAAAGUAUUUCCCUUACAGUUGGCAACUAAAAUGAUUUCCUUAUAUAAAACUGUUUUUUUUUUCUGGUCAAAUUUCUUAAAGUUGUCUAAAAUUCAAGUUCGCCCUUGUGUUUGUUUUGUCCGUGCAUGUUUGUUUUCUGACAGAGGUAACAUAUAUAUAUAUAUAUAUAUAUAUAUAUAUAUAUAUAUAUUUAAUUAACAGAGGUAACAUAUAUGUAAACGUUACCCUUUUAACAGCCUCCAGUUAUUUGAUGAGAGGAAGAACAAUGAUACUAAGAGUAUUUCCAAUCCUUUGUUAUUUCUCUAUAAUAGAGAUUUCUAUUUUUUCUUUUAUUUAUAGAUGAAAAAAAGACUCUUCUAUUUUUUAUUUACAUUUAAAAAUUACUAUUUUAGAAAAAUACAUUGGAACAUAUCGUAUUUUUAUUAUAGAAUUUUUCUAUUUUGGAGGUGAAAAUAACAAAAUACAAUAUAAAUGGUCUAAAAAUUAAUCGUUCCGUUGUAAAAAAAAAUAGUCGUUCCGUAACAUUUUUAUAAUGUUAAUAGAAGACUUUUUUCUCUAAAAAAAACAUUUUUAUAGUGUAUACAUGUUCUUAGUGUUAGGAACAGAAGUUCUACAUCGAGUACUAGAAGGGAUAUUAGUAGAGAUAAAUGGACCACUUCUCUUUAUCACAAUUGAUGAAUUUGUGAUGAGAAAUUGUUCCAGAAAACCCGGGCCUUUCUCAAAAGAGAUAUUGUUCCAGCAAAAUUGUAUCAUUUUUUUUGAAAAAAAGGCUUAGCAAAAUUGUAUCAUCCAACCACAGAAUAUCAAACUUGUCCAAUCCUCUUUAACGUUGCAAUCAACGUCUACUCCUCCGGUCCUCCUAAACCCUACAGAGAAGAAAAUUACAGGUUUCAACAAAAAGGAAACAAGACUAACAUCAAAUCAGAGUGCUUAAUUUACUAAUUUCAAGAAUCCCUUUACGUCCACAUCAUAUGUUUGGUUGUCGUGUUGAUGUUAAGUCCAAAUCCCAUAUUAGACUACUGGUAGCUUUUUAUUUUGCUUCCUCUAUAUAAUAGCAUAUGUAUACAAAUACUUGA